AACACAAUAAACAACUAUCUUUUCCAAUAAACAAAGAAAAGAAAGAGUUGAGAGAAUAAGAACACACAAAACAAUAAUGACUCGUGGGGCUAUUAUAGCUUUGUUGGUUUGCCUUAUGGCAACUGCUGUUAGGUCUGAAGACCCUUAUGUUUACUACACAUGGAAUGUUACAUAUGGUACCAUUUCUCCUUUGGGUACUCCCCAACAGGGUAUUCUUAUCAAUGAUAAAUUUCCUGGACCUGAAAUUAAUGGUUCCAGUAACAACAACAUUGUAGUUAAUGUGUUCAACAACCUUGAUGAGCCACUCCUUUUCACAUGGCACGGUAUUCAACAAAGGAAAAACUCAUGGCAAGAUGGAACACCGGGAACACAAUGUCCCAUUGCCCCAGGAACCAACUACACCUACAAGUUCCAGGUUAAGGAUCAAAUUGGUAGUUACUUUUACUACCCUACCACCGGUCUCAUGAGAGCUGCCGGUGGUAUCGGUGGAAUCAGAGUCUUCAGCAGAUUGUUGAUUCCAGUCCCAUAUGCUGAUCCUGCUGAGGAAUAUUGGCUCCUCAUGGGUGACUGGUACGGAAAGAGCCACACCACAUUGAAGCAAUUCCUUGACAGUGGUCGAUCCAUUGGAAGACCUAGCGGAGUCCACAUCAUGGGAAAAUCCAACAGUGCCGAACCACUCUACACCAUGGAGCCUGGAAAGACCUACAAGUACAGAAUCUGCAAUGUUGGUCUUAAGGACUCUCUUAACGUCAGAAUCCAAGGUCACCCAUUGUUGCUUGUUGAAACGGAAGGUUCCCACACCGUCCAAAAUGAUUAUGAUUCCCUUGAUGUUCACGUUGGCCAGUGCUACACUGUCCUUGUGACCGCUAACAAGGAACCCAAGGAUUACCUCGUGGUCGCUUCCACCCGUUUCACCAAGGAGGUGCAAACCGCAACUGCUGUUCUCCGUUACUCUAACGGUAAUGGCCCUGCUUCCCAUGUUCUCCCACCUGCACCAGUUGGUUGGGCAUGGUCUUUGAACCAAUUUCGUUCUUACCGUUGGAACUUGACCGCUAGUGCUGCUAGGCCCAAUCCUCAGGGAUCUUACCAUUAUGGUCAGAUCAAUAUCACUCGUACCAUCAAGCUUGUUAACACUGCUUCUAAGGUUAACGGAAAGCUUCGUUAUGCUCUUAACGGAGUUUCCCACGUUGACACUGAAACCCCACUCAAGCUUGCUGAAUACUACGGUGUUGCUGACAAAGUUUUCAAAUAUGACACCAUCGUUGAUAAUCCCCCUUCUGUCAUCAAUGAAGUCACCAUAGCUCCCAAUGUCAUCAACGCCACCUUCCGUACCUUCAUUGAGAUCAUCUUCGAGAACCCCACCAAGAGCAUUCAAUCUUACAACUUAGAUGGAUACUCUUUCUUUGCUGUCGCAGUUGAGCCUGGGAAAUGGACACCUGAGAAGAGAAAGAGCUACAACCUUUUGGAUGCAGUCAGCAGACACACAGUGCAAGUGUUCCCUAAGUCAUGGGCCGCAAUCAUGUUGACAUUCGACAACGCUGGUAUGUGGAACUUGAGGUCAGAACACGCUGAGAACAGGUACCUUGGACAACAAAUGUACAUCAGUGUCUUGUCACCUGAAAAAUCUAACAGGGAUGAGUACAACCUUCCAGACACUCAGCUUGUUUGCGGCAUUGUCAAGGAUAUGCCAAGGCCUCCACCACAAUACAAUUAAUUUCAACAUUCAUGCAUUAGCUUGUUGAUGCAUUAUAUUAAUAUAUAUAAAUAAGUAUAUGUAUGGGUCGGUUUUGCUUUCAUUUCUUGUAUGCUAACUAAUGUAUCAACCAACCCUUUCUUAUAUACAAGGAGUUUGUUUACAUAUAAUAUUAUAUAAUUUUAAAAUUUCAUCUCCUUCUUAUCUUCUUUCUCUUCGAUUUCUCUUUUAUAAUUUAAUUGUAUUUUUAAUAGCUAAUAACUUGUACUUUCAGUUGUUUAUAUUAACUAUAAACGUAUAAAUUUAAAAUUUCAUCUC